AGUCGUAAUGGUGUCUGUAUGAUUUCCGGAGGCUGCAGCAUUAGACCCCGGCCGACGUGAGCGGCAGGAGGGUAGCAGCAUAAAAGAUGGCAACAGCAGCUAGGCCAACUUUUGAACCUGCGAGACGGGGGAGAGGAAAAGGAGAAGGUGAUUUCAGCCAACUCUCAAAGCAGUAUUCAAGUAGAGACCUACCUUCUCAUACAAAGAUAAAAUAUAGACAAACCACUCAGGAUGCCCCUGAAGAGGUUCGCAACCGUGACUUCAGGAGAGAGCUGGAGGAGAGAGAGCGAGCUGCCGCCAGAGAAAAAAAUAGAGAUCGUCCAACACGAGAAUAUACAACCUCCUCAUCAGUGUCAAAGAAGCCUCGGUUAGACCAGAUUCCUGCUGCCAAACUUGAUGCAGAUGAUCCUCUAACAGAUGAGGAAGAUGAAGAUGAAGAUUUUGAAGAGGAGAGUGAUGAUGAUGAUACUGCAGCUCUUCUUGCAGAGCUAGAAAAAAUUAAAAAAGAAAGAGCUGAAGAGCAGGCCAGGAAGGAACAAGAACAAAAAGCUGAAGAAGAAAGAAUACGUAUGGAAAACAUAUUGAGUGGAAACCCUCUCCUUAAUCUCACUGGCCCAUCCCAGCCUCAGGCCAACUUCAAAGUUAAAAGAAGGUGGGAUGAUGAUGUUGUUUUCAAGAACUGUGCAAAAGGUGUAGAUGAUCAGAAGAAAGACAAAAGAUUUGUAAAUGAUACACUGCGAUCUGAAUUUCACAAAAAGUUCAUGGAGAAAUAUAUUAAAUAGUACAGUUUUAUGUGCUUAAUUAAAGACUGUAAAAUGUAAACGAAAAAAAAA